AUGUGGCUCAUCGACACCACGAGUCUGAAGCUUCAUGCUUUCAUGCCUCCAGACCUCCCACCGUACGCCAUACUAUCUCAUACCUGGGGAUCCGGAGAAGUGACCUUCCAGGAGCUUGCAGGUCUAAAUACUGCCAAAGAAAAAGCCGGCUACACCAAAAUCCGGAAGACAUGCGAGCUCGCCAGGCAGAAUGGUCUGGAGUGGGCAUGGGUGGACACCUGCUGUAUCGACAAAUCCUCAAGUGCCGAACUCUCGGAGGCGAUCAACUCAAUGUUCGAGUGGUACGAGCUUUCAGCCAUCUGCUUUGCUCAUCUCGCGGACCUACCCGUUGAGUCUCCCACGCUAUGGAUGUUCGAGUCUGGCAUAUACAAGCGCGCGUGUCGCUGGUUCGAACGCGGGUGGACCCUUCAAGAGCUCAUUGCGCCCAAGACGCUCGAGUUCUUCGACUGCGAAUGGAACUCGCGCGGCUUCAAGACCGACAGCGCCGUCCUGCGACAAUUGUCAGCGAUGACGGGGAUACAUGGCAAGACUGCCCGAGUACUCAAAAACAGCGCGGCAAUCACCGAAGUUUGCAUUGCGGAGAGAAUGUCUUGGGCGUCAAAGAGGCGGACAACCCGGGUCGAAGACAUAGCCUACUGCCUGCUCGGUCUCUUUCGCGUGAACAUGCCCUUGCUCUAUGGAGAGGGGUCGCGAGCUUUCAUGCGACUUCAGGAAGAAAUUCUUAAGAACAGCACUGACAUGUCUCUCUUCUGUUGGACCGCGCCCCAGGAAGCCUCGCAGCAGUACCGCGGGUUGCUAGCCCGCCAUCCAUCGGAAUUUGCGUCAUGGUACGAUACAGAAUCUACCUCGCGAAAGUCCAUCAGCUGGGCCAUGUGCGAGCAAGAGAAGGAAUUCUCAUCGACCAACAAGGGGAUCCGAAUGGAUGCAACUUUGGCGAGUUUCUUUGUUCAUGGCGAGAACAGAACGUGUCUAAGAUGUACGCUUUUCCCAGACGACUAUGUCGUCUUCAUACCGCUACGAUACCACCGGGACAACAUCUACGUUAGAGAACUUCCUACUACGAUCAUCCCUUCACGUACGACACGGCACGAGCAGGAAACGAUAUACAUCGCCAAGGACGUGGAUGAGCGUAUGUCGAUCAAUCUGCAGGCCAAGAUGGCGGAGACUCUGAGCAUCGACAGGUCCCUACUUCCGGCCAACUUCUCGUUGGAGAUGAUGGAGACCUGGCCCAAGAACUUGUGGCAGUCACAGAGACAGCAUUAUGCCCUGCCCGGAUCAAAGCUAUUUACUUGCAUCACUUCAUACAGCGUCAAUUUUAAAACUGUCAAGGUCGGUGAGGUGUGUCUUAUUUGCCAGCGACAUUCUUCUGCUCUACAGCCUUUACGUUACGCCUUGAUCCCUUUACAAGAAGCAACCGGCCGUGCCGGCAUUAUGUCGCAGAUAAGAGAUCACGAGAGCAGUGGUGCCCGAGGGCAACCCACUGAAGCCUUUAGUUUGAUGGAGCAAUUCAUCAUUGAUGGCCGUCAGGCAGUGGACCUUUCGCACGGGAAUCUCAGCUUCUCACUCUUCGUAACGCGAUACUCCGAGACCGAGGAGAGCAACGACAAACUGUAUUUGAAGGUCACUUCUUUCCAGGACCUUCUUCAUCCACUGCCUAUCAGGAAAUCGAAGACCAUAUCGAUCAGCGAUGGCAAGGGCCCCGGUCAUCGCCUCGAACGUGCUCCUCAAAUCGGAGGGGAUGGCGCCGUAGUACAGCCACCGAAACCAUGCGACAUAGCGGAAGCGGAGCGGGAGAACUCUGGAUAA